AUGUCACGGCGUUCGCGUGUUUCCGAUGAAAUUGACGUGAUAUCGAGCAGUGACGAUGAGAUACCGAUGCCACCGUCGAAACCGCCGAUAACAAUACGUGGUGUUGGCCAUAUUACAAUUGGCUCUCCUUCACUUUGUGGAAUGUCACGGCGUUCGCGUGUUUCCGAUGAAAUUGACGUGAUAUCGAGCAGUGACGAUGAGAUACCGAUGCCACCGUCGAAACCGCCGAUAACAAUACGUGGUGUUGGCCAUAUUACAAUGUUCGGUUUGAAUUCCCGGUUCGAUACGGAAUUUCCCAGUGAGUUAAUUGGAAGAGUCGCUCCUGAAGAGUUAUCGGAUACACUUGGACGUAUUAAUAAUGUACUGAAACGACAUGUUCAAAUGUCUAGGAGCAGUACUCUUUCGUUUCAGACAGUGACAGCCGUCGAAAAGACAUUGGAUCACGAGAACAUUUGUCUCUAUCACAAACUCGGUCUUCAUUGGCGCCUAGUGAAACGCCCAGUGGAUGGCUCGCGUUUAACCGAAUAUGUGUUGGAACUUCAAACUCUUCCUAAGGUUCAAUUAAUGUUGCCGGAUUGA